AUGCAACGUGAAUAUCUGAAAGUUGUUGGCAUUAGAGCGCCACAGUCAAAAUUUCACGUUCCGGCACCAAUGAAGGUCAAGGCUGAUAAGAAAUCGAACAAAAAAUUGCUAAGAAGACGAUUAUCUUCGAGAGAAAAUCAUCCCGAUAACAAGGCAAAUGAGGCACCUGAUUCAAUUUCGGCCCACGAAUUAGAUAUUUCACGAACAGCCUCUCUAUCUGAGCAGCUUGAAAUGACAGGUGUGGAAAGUGAUAUUACAGGAAACACACCUUUGGAUAUAGGAAUAUCAAAACAAUUACCUAUAAAUGAUGAUGCGAUGGAUACAAAACCCCGCAUAAAACUAAGUAAAUCCCAGAGGAAACGCCAUCAAAAGCAAGAAGUGGUGAAAUUGAAAAAAUCAGCAAAGGCAUCUGUCCCAAAAGCAGAACCAAAGGAACCACGCACAUCAUCGAGUAUUUCAUUUCCAGAACGUACGGGUUAUGUGCCAACCUUGGACACUGACGAGAAAAAGUUGGAUGCAGUACGGAACCGUCAAGCUGAAAUGUAUCAGUACACUUUGGUUGUGCGUGGAGUGCCAAGAAAUUGUCCUGCAAGUGUGAUUAGAGACCUUUUCCCAACUGCAGUCAAUGUACGCAUACCUUACAAGCGCAAUUCUAGAUAUGCUUUUGCAAAGUUUCGCAAUCAAGAUGAAAUGCUCGCUGCUCAAAAGUCAGUUUCUGGGAAACUGUUGCGUAACAGACCUAUCAAAGUUGAAGUUUGUUCACUACACGGGCCUGAUAAUGUUGACUCAACUAAAUGGUCUGAACCUAUGCAAAAGCAACUUUCACACUUCGAUUGGCGGGCUCUCCAUGUGACUCAUUUGCAUCGUGCCACUUCACGUUUCGAUUUGGCCCAAGUAUUUCCGAAGGCUAUUGGUAUACGCAUGCCAACGUAUGAUGAUGGAUCCUGUCGAGGAUUUUGCACUUUAGUAUACGGCACACGUUUUCAUGCACUCAAAGAUUUUGAAAUGAGACACGGAACCUUUAUACAUGGAGAACCUAUCUGCGUCAACUUUUCUCUCAAAAGCAAAAAAAGAAUAUCUAUGAAAAAUGAAAGACUGCACUCUUCUGCUUUAAACAACAUGGAUUUGGAUAACAAUCAAGUGUCUGAUAAAGGCAAUUGUCCUAAAUCAUCAGACGACCAUUUAGUUAAUAUGUCUACUGAUUCAAUCGAUCCUGAAUUUAAAAUUGAUACAAAACCAACUGUUCCCAACUCAACAGACUCAACAUUGAAAAAGAAGUCAAAAUCUGCUACAGUGAAGCGGGAAAUCUCGGAUCCCUUAUUAAAUAAAAAACAUCAAUUAAAAGAUAAAGGCGUUAAGAAGAAGAAGUCAACUACAAAUAUUUUCGACUCUUUAAUUCAACCAUCGAGUGGAGUGAAUGAUAGAAAGAGGAAGAAAAGCUCAAAAUCUACAAAAAGUGGAAAGAAGUUCAAAAAAUAG